AAUUAAUUCAUAAUAAAUAAAUCGGCGUAAAAGUAAAUUGGGCAUUGAAGAGAUCUUAUAUGUAUAUAUAUAUGAGUAUAUCUAUAUUUGGAACACAUAUCCAUGAAAAUUGAGCUUUCAAUAAUGGAGUUUGAUUGGAAAACUUUAUUACUACUUUUCAUCAUUUCAGUCUCCAUAUUCAUUAAACAUCUGAUGAAGAAAACAGCCUCAAAUUUACCACCUGGACCUCCAAAAUUACCUAUAUUAGGAAACCUGCACCAAUUAAUACGUAUAAACACCGCUCCUCACCGCCGUCUAGCGGAGCAAGCGAAGUUAUACGGCCCAAUCAUGCACCUCCGCCUAGGCGAAGUGCCGACGCUUGUAAUCUCAUCGGCGGAGUUAGCGGCGGAGGUGAUGAAAACUCAUGACGCCGUGUUUUGUAGUAGGCCGCUAUUAAUGGUAGGGAAAGAGCUUUUUUACGGUGCCUCUGAUAUCGGAUUGGCUCCUUACGGCGAGUAUUGGCGGCAGGCCCGGAAGAUCUCGGUGCUGGAGUUGUUUACUGCGAAAAGAGUGCAGUCAUUUAGGAGUAUUAGAGAAGAAGAGGCGGUGGAAUUGAUGAAUGAUUUAAGGUCGAUGGCUGGGUGUGUGGUGAAUCUUAGCAAGAUGAUGUUUGGACUCACUUUUAACAUCACUACUAGGGUAGCCUUCAGUAAGAAAGGCAAGGAACAAGAAGAAUUUCGAGCUUUUACAGGAGCAGUCACAAAGGCUUCCUCGGGUUUCUCUAUUGCCGAUCUUUACCCGUCAAUAGAGUUCCUUCAUUCAAUAAGCGGGACAAGGAGAAAAUUUAAGGACUUAGUUCAAGAAUCCAAUAGAAUACUUGAUCCCAUUAUUGAUGAUCAUAGGGCUAAGAAAAGAUUAGGUGAUCAAGAUCAACAAGAUGAAGAUUUGGUGGAUGUGCUUCUCAAAUUUCACAAAGAUAAUCUUAAAACCCCUAAUAAUCAAGAGUUUUCCUUGAGUAUUGAUAAUAUGAAAGCCAUUAUUUUGGAACUUUUUGGUGCCGGAGCAGAGACUUCUUCAACAUUAUUAGAAUGGGCAAUGUCAGAAUUACUAAAUAACCCAAAUGUAAUGGAGAAGGCGCAAGCAGAAGUGAGACGAGUAUAUCAAGGGAAAACAAUAGUAGACGAGACAAUGCUUCAUGAGCUCAAGUACAUGAAACAAGUGAUCAAAGAAACCUUACGACUCCAUCCACCUCUCCCUCUCUUAGUUCCUAGAGAAUCGAUAGAGAGUUGCCGAUUACAUUCUUAUAAUAUCCCCUCGCAAACUCGAGUUCUUAUUAAUGCAUGGGCUAUCGGAAGAGAUCCUAAAUAUUGGUCAGAUCCAGAAAAGUUUGAUCCAGAAAGAUUUGAGGGUUGUUCAAUAGAUUACAAAGGAACUGAUUUCGAGUUGAUUCCAUUUGGUGCAGGGCGAAGGAAGUGUCCCGGCAUGACACUUGGUAUAGUCAAUGUGGAACUUCCUUUAGCCAUGCUACUCUAUCAUUUUGAGUGGAGAUUACCUCAUGGUGUUGAAGGACCACAAAAUUUAGAUAUGGAUGAGUCUUUAGGCAUAACAAUCAGAAGAAAAAAUGAAUUGUAUGUAAUUCCUGUUCCUUAUCGUCAUUAGUCUACUUUAAAAAUAAAAUCUUUAUUAAAAAUGCAAUAAUUAUGAAGUACUUUCUAUUGAUAAUUUCGCAUUUUGGUUCACAAUACUUAUUACAUUAUUAUUGUUGUUAUAUGUUAGGGAAUGUGAGCAUUGUGAGUUUGUGACUUGUGAGGCUUUUCUAUUGUUUCUUGAGGAAAGCUUGAGAUAAUAUGAUUAUACAACCCAAAGUUAUUCAAUUUU